AUCAGAUUUAAGAUUUCGUGAUUGCGAUAUCACACAUAUCCAUAGCGCGAAUACCAUCACGUCCUACUUUCGUAUGUUGUUGAAUACCAGGAGUUAGCCACUAAGGAACAUAUGCACUACAGUAAAUAUAACUAGAAUCACCUCUACAUUUGUAUCGGUACGUCUGUGCAGCGUGAGACACUACACCGUGUACAUGGUUGUACAACUUGGUGCGGAAUAGGUCUCAGAUAUAUGCAGUUGCGGCUGACUCUUGUAGAAGUACUAGCUCGCAACAGCGGGCAACACAGCUGACACCAUGGUGUUAACUACGCGUCAGGAGGAAGAACUCCGCAAAUCGAUCAUGCAGUAUCUACUUGACGCCGGUCUCUCACAGACAGCUAGUACGCUUGAGAACGAAGCUCUCAUGGAUCCGCUUGAUGGCAACGAAGCAAAAAAAAACACAGGUUUAUUGGAGAAGAAAUGGGUAUCGGUGAUGCGCCUUCAGAAGAAGGUCAUGGACCUCACAGCUCAAGUGGCGACCCUCACGGAGGAACUCAGCCAAUCGUCCACCCGAAAACCGAAUAACCAAGACUGGAUACCCCGGCCGCCGGAGAAACAAAGGUUAAAGGGACAUAGAGGUCCCAUUACGUGCGUUCGAUUCCAUCCCGUUUAUGCCCUCGCUGCCAGUGCCUCUGAAGACGCCACGAUAAAGGUGUGGGACUAUGAGACCGGAGAGUUUGAGCGAACCUUAAAGGGGCACACGAAUAUAGUACAGACGAUAGCCUUUAACCACAGCGGCAGUGUCAUCGCAUCGGCGUCCGCUGAUUUGACCAUCAAGCUGUGGGACUUCCAAACAUACGAGUGCACAAAAACACUCUAUGGACAUGAUCACAACAUAUCUGGAGUGACCUUUACACCCUCGGGGGAUCAUAUCCUUUCUGCUUCGCGAGAUAAGACAAUUAAAAUGUGGGAGGUGGCUACUGGAUACUGCGUGAAGACUUUCCAGGGCCAUUCCGAUUGGGUGAGGUCUGUGGCCAUCACCGUGGAUAGCGCGAUGUUUGCGACGGCGUCUAACGAUCAGACGGUCCGUAUAUGGAAUCUUAGUUCAGGUGAGACCAAGCUAGAAUUACGAGGACACUCACAUGUGGUCGAAUGCGUAGCCUUUGCCAACGAGAAAGCGUGUGCGGCUAUUGAGGAGUUGAUGAGAGGCGGUCCCAAAGAAGGGGACGCGAGUACAAAGGCGCCAGCCAAAAAUAGGAAUGGGCUUGUUAGCCGGUUUGUGGCCACGGGAUCACGAGAUAAGGCUAUUAAAAUAUGGGACGCAAACAACGGCAAUUGUGUUGCCACGCUGGUGGGGCACGACAAUUGGGUGAGGGAAGUAGCAUUCCAUCCGAAUGGAAGGCUGCUGCUUUCAUGUGGGGAUGACAAGACCGUGCGGAUAUGGGAUCUUGCAGCGGGCCGAUUGGCAAAGACACUCAACGCACACGAACACUUCUGUAGCACUCUAGACAUACACCACACAAAUCCGGUGGUGAUCACUGGCAGUGUUGAUGAAUGUAUCAAAGUAUGGGAGGGCCGAUGAGGGGCGCCGAACGAGCGUGCGUGCGAGUAUGACUUGGAUCGAGCUCCGAAGGAUUAAUAAAAUAAGAUGAUAAUGA